AUGUCCAGCACCGCCAGCAGCCCGUCCUUGUCCCCGACGCGCGGCGCACACCGUCGCCUCUCCGCCCGCCGCGGCUCCGUAUCCGCCAUCGAUCCCUGGGGCAAGUACAAGGAGAUCAACCUCAACCCGGGCCGCAGCUCGUCCAGCAAGCUCACCAUCGUCCGCGUGCAGGAGCAUCCGGACGAGGGCACGGCCGCGAUCGGCGUCAACAAGCGCCAUUCGUUCGGACACAGUCAUAAGCGUCCGGGCAACCACGGUGCUGGCCCUGGCGACAGUCCGAGGCUGAGCUUUGCAAACCAGUCCUUCGUGCGCCCGAGCAGCCCCACUACUCCGACCAGCCCCGGCUUCAACCGCCCCGGGAGUCCCACUACCGCUCGACCUGGGAGCCCGACGACCUCGCGGCCUCGCUCUCCAGGUCCCACCGGCCAUCGAUCUCUCUCGCACAGGAAGCUUACGCCGGAGGAGAUCUACGAGCUGGCCAAACAGUCCACCAAUCCUCAAUACGCGCCCAAAACCGCCUCUAGCAGCAUCCCAAACACCCCCGUCGCCGCAUCGGCGUCUCUGGCCCCGGCGUCGUUCACCCCACUCACCGACGACAUCCUCCUCCCCUUCAUCGACCGCUCGAGCGAAGUCACCGCGCUCAUCUCCGUCCCGCCCUCCGCGCGUCUCUUCGGCCUUCUGGCCCAGACACUACCCAAAGACGGCACCAACGCGGGCGAUCCUCCCUCCGUUUCGGGCGACCCCCGCAAAUGGAGCUACAGCCAACUGGACUUCUGGAUGAAACACGUCGAUCGAGACCGGGCGGACGACUACACAUGGGUUCGAAAAGCACGUGCGUGCGUUUUGGUGCACAGCGAGCUCAUCUGGGAGCGGAUCAAGGGCGCGCUCGGCGUUCCGCCGGAACUCGACAUGGACGAAGACGCCGAGUGGGAGUACGGUGGCGAGGCGCCAGCCGAAUCGCCCGCAGAGGGCGGUCAGGCGCAGGUCUUCCAGCUGGACGUCGACUCUUCGACGCCCAAGGGCGAGGAAUCAGCGGCCGUACCGAAGCUGGAGAUCGAAGGUCCGUCGCCGGCACAGGAGAUCGAUGACCCCGGGCUCAGCUCCGGCGCGAGCGAUAAUCUAUCGGCUGACGAGCGCGAGAUCACGAUCGAGCCUGUGCUAGUGCCAACCACGCCGCCGCUCGUCGUCAGUGAUACGGCGACCGGCCUCGGCGGGAUUACGGAGGCGGACGAGGAGGAAGAAGAGGCGGCGGACGGUGCCACCCCGCCCACGGAGCCUCCGAAGGAGGCCAUCCAAGGGCUCCGCAUCUGCACCGCGCCGGAGGGCCCGCAAUUCUCUCCGCUCAUGGCGUCCUCGUACUCGCCCAUCCCCUUCGGGCACUCGCCGACGGCAUCGUUCUCCAGCGCCAACAUCGGCUCGCCCAGCCCGUUGCGCCUCGACGGACCCGCGCAGGAGCCCGCGGGGCCCUCGCCGUCGUCCGCGGACGAGAAGCAGCUCGUGUACAAACCCCGAGGGCGCUCGUACAGCUCGAGCUCGAGCUCGUCGUUCUUCAGCCGGGACGGGUACUACGACGCCGUGUCGGAGCGCGGCCCGGGCAACCCGCUCUUCCCCAGCAGCUUUGCGAAGCUGGCCCUGGGGCCGACGUUGAAAGCCAACAUGCGCUCUCCCGUCCCUCCGCCACCGUCGAUAUUCUCCGACCCUCAUGCGAUCAGGAGCGCGCACCGCAAGCUGCCGAGCUGGGCGAAAGGCUGGGACCCGGUCAAGCACGAGUAUGCGCUCACGGCCGCGAGCGGGAGCAGCAUCGGUUACGACUAA